UUCUUUUCCUUUCUUCUCUUCUCCUAAGUUGCAAAUAUUACGGUGAGAGAGAGAAAUAGAGAAUCAUAUUUAAUACACUUACCUUACAUGUUUGCUGUCAGGAAAGAGGAUUUAUAGUUCCUUCUUCCUCUGAAAUUUCCCAAUCAGAAUAAUUCCAAAACAAGUCCUUCCAAAUCUCUCUUUUAUUUCUUUCUAUUAAAAAGCCAUAACCCUCCAUUUCUUCAGAUCCCUUCUCAUUAUUAUUUUUUUCAAGAAAAUGAGAGACUUUGCUUCUUGUUUCAAUGAAUAUGCUGUACAAGUCUCUGAUACUUCUUGUUCUAGUUACUCAAAUUCUGCUUGUAUCCCUCCCUCUAAUUUAAUCCCUUCAGUACAAAACACAGUCAAUUGUUUGUACAAAGUCACUUUGUCCAAUAAAAAGCAAGUCUUGAUCACAAUUUCUUGGACCAAAACAAAUGUAACACAAGGCCUAAGUGUGCACUUUGGUGAUGACCCUUCAAGCGUCUUCAAACUCAACACGAAUUCGCGUCUUUUUAGGAAGAAAAAGGGAAGCAAAUCAAUGGAUUUGGAUCAUUACAAGGUUGAAAUUUUCUGGGAUUUGUGUGCAGCCAGGUAUUUAACAGGUCCUGAACCAAUUGAUGGAUAUUAUUUACUUGUCACAGUUGACUCACAACUUGGCCUAAUUCUUGGUGACAUGGCUGAAGAAGCAUCACUAAGGAAAUUGAAAAAUGGAAAUCCUAUGGCAAAGUUCUCAUUAAUUUCAAGACAAGAACACUUUUCUGGCAACACCCUUUAUUCAACUAAGGCUCAAUUUUGUGACAAUGGCAACAUUCAUGAUGUUUUAAUUCGUUGUAGCGGCGAAAAUGAAGGUCUAAAGCAUCCAGUUUUAUCAGUUUAUAUUGAUAAGAAGAUGGUGAUUAGAGUUAAAAGGCUGCAAUGGAACUUCAGGGGAAAUCAGAGUAUUUUUGUGGAUGGAUUGCUUGUUGAUUUAAUGUGGGAUGUUCAUGAUUGGUUCUUUAAUCCAGCUUCUGGUAUUGCACUUUUUAUGUUUAGGACAAGAAGUGGAAUGGAUAGCAGAUUGUGGCUAGAUGAUAAAGACAAAUUGCUACUAAAAGGUCAAGAUAAGGUUGAAUUCUCAUUGCUGAUCUAUGCCUCUAAGAGCACAUAAUUGAAAGUUUUUUUUUCUCUUCCAAUUUUUCUGUCUUCUUUAAUUGAACCCCAUUCAUGUGAAUUUUCUCCUUUAAAACUUCAUCCCUCAUGAAAGGAAUUAGAGGGAAAAAAAGGAAAAAAAAUUAAUUAUGUUCUGAUCUUUGAUAGAAUGGAAAUAACUUGAAGAAUUAUUCUUUCAGAUUUGACAUUGUAUAUUGUACUUUUGUGGCUCUAAGAAAUAUAAACAGAUUGUUGCUUUUA